GUGUCCCAAUCUUCGAGGACCUUACAGAACCAUUCGAAUCUGGUGGAGUUCAUCGUUCCAAGUCACUGCACAAUUUGCUUAGGAUUGACGAACCUAGAACCCCCCAAACGCAGAAACCUAAACGAUUGAGGUUCUUGUCUCUUUAACCGAGCUUCAACUCCAGUUUCGCCGGAGACCCAGUUCUGUUUUCGCCCUCCAUGGCGGCCUAGAAGUGCUCCUGUCGAGAAGGACAAUCUUGCAUCAGCCAUGGAGGGAAAAGGAAGUGGCAGGCUUCUUCAUUUGGGGAAUGGAGCAAGGAAGAAACGAAGCAAUGCCUCUCGGCGUCCCUAUGAUGAGCCGCAACCGGCUUAUAAUUACAUUGACAUGGCAUCUUCCACACCACCUCCUGACAACUUUAGUGAAGCUUAUGUUGACAAGAAUGUGGAUUAUGGUAUAUAUGCUCACAAGGAGAUAAAUCUGAAGCAAUUUGCUUCAAGUGCAUCAUGCAAUAACACGGCAGAUGCUGGAGAAUCUCAAUAUGCCUCCACGCAUAGUUCUUGCGGAGGAAACGAACAGAUGCGCAGUGCUACCGAUUCCAAUACAUCUGGUGAAUGUGCUCUUGCCCCUGCUAAUUGCGAAGUAGCCAAAGGAGUGGCUCAUCAUUCACCACCGGUGAUUGAGAAUAAAGUGAAAAAAGUCAAGCUCAAGGUUGGGGGCAUGACUCGAACCAUCCACACCAACUCGGAUGGUGUCUCAGUCAUUGGGUCCUCUUCAACAAAAUAUUGUGGCACUUCAGAUAUGACGGGGCUUGAUGAAAAUGCAAUGCUUGAGGAUGGCUCCUCUAGAUUUCACUCUCUUUCUUCAGACAGGGCAAGUCGCCUGCAAGGGGUGCCAUGGUGGAAGAAUUUCUCUGCUAGUGGUUUCAACAUGGGGAAGGCGGAUUCUUCUAGCGGUAGUGAGUCACUACGCAAGAGCAAGCGAGUUCCUAAAAGACGUACAUUCGAUGGGGAUGAUGGAGGUGAUGAUUAUGAGAUUCUAGGAAAGGUUAAUGUGCCUAGAUUGAAUGCCGAGGACAAUGAUGAGUGUGACGAAGAUUACGAAGGGGGAAGGAGGAGACAACAGAAACUAUCAGAGGUGUUGAAGAGACAGUUUGAGUGCCCGCAUAACGUGAACUCUCGGACAAAUGUCCUUUCAGCGAAAAAAGCUAGAAAGUCCAAAUCUGGCAGGACAUUUAAAGAUGAUGAUUAUUUGGAAGAGGAAGAACCGACUUCGGAUGUCGAACCCAGAAUUAAGAGGAAGAAAGACAAGAUGGCGCGUCUUGAGUCUUUAGCGGGUUCUGAAAAGGAGAGGACAGUGAUUACCCGUCAGCGGGCACUGCAAUCGGGCAAAGAUACAUUCUCUGGUCGCUGUGCAGAUAUGGUCAAUCUUCCAAAUGGUUUACCUCCUGCACCACCUAAAAAGCAAAAGGAUAUGCUCUCUGAAGUUGACCGGCAACUGAAGAAAACUGAGGCUGCUGAGAGACGUAGGAUGCUGGCUGAGAAAGCAGCUAUGGAAUCUCAGGCUGAGGCAAUCAGGAAAAUACUGGGCCAAGAUUCAAGUAGGAAGAAACGAGAACAGAAGAUCAGGAAACGACAAGAAGAGGAAGCCGAGGAGAAGGCUGCGAAAGCUAUGAUUAUUAAAUCGGACACAGUGAGGUGGGUUAUGGGGCCUGCGAGAACGGUAGUCACGUUCCCAGAGGAGAUGGGCUUGCCAAGUAUAUUUGAUUCUAGGACUUGCAGCUACCCGCCGCCCCGUGAAAAAUGCGCUGCUCCCUCCUGUAUGAACCCAUAUAGGUACCGGGAUUCAAAGUCGAAGUUACCCCUGUGCAGUCUCAACUGCUACAGAGCGAUACAACAAAAACCACAGCCGCUGAUUGCCUGCUGAUGGAGUGGACGUCUUUCUUGUAGUGUCAUGAAUGACGACAUUUCUGGUGCGGAUCUUCUCAUUUCUGAUGGUGAUUUAAGGUGGAUCAUUGGACGUAAUUGAUUGUAAGAUUGAUACUUAACCAUAAGUCGAAUAAGAUACUGUCCCCUGGGUGGCAGGGAACCUUAUAUUUUGAAGCAA